UUCACUGGAUACUUUAAAAAGUUCUUAAAGCGAUCUAAGCACGAAACGGCUCUCAUUGACCGCAUUAAAAAGGAAUACACGUAAUUUACUGAAUUCGAAGCGCGAUUUUUGUGAAACGAAACAGCAACAUGAAAGAACAGAAAUAUAAACUUUUUGCAAUUAUUUUAUCCUUCAUACUUUGCACUAAUACAUGUGCCGGUGCCAGUAUCAAUGGAAUAAACUCGAAUGAGAACGUCGCUAUUCGUCAAGAUAAUCUCAUGGUUCAGGAUAUAUUAAGAAUAGUAUCACUAUUAUAUAAUAUUCCACUAAUAGGCUCUCUAUUGGCUAGUAUACCUGCACUAUUCAUCAAUUACAUUGUUAGAUUUGAGAACUUGACAAAUAAUUUCCUGGACAAAAUUCUGCGCAAUUCCUUACCAUGUACGAUAACGGUCAACGAUAUUGUGUGCGAAGGGAUAUCAAAAAAUGGCGGUUUAAUAUCAAUUAUGAAACACGCAAUUGAUACAAUGCCCAGUACUAGGCUAUUUAACAUCAUAAAACAAGUUUUAGAUUUGAUAACAUUAGCAUUUGAAGUUCCGUCUCUGCAGCAAUAUUAAUAAAUUUAAAUAUUUCUUCAUAAAAAAGUCAACAAAAAAAUGUAUUAACUUUUAA